UGUACGAAUUUUAUUCAAUAUACGGUUCAAUGUCCAGAUUAUAUGCAAUGUACGGUUCAAUGCACGGCUCAAUGUACGAAUUAUAUUCAAUGUACGGUUCAAUGUACGGGUUAUAUUCAAUAUACGGUUCAAUGUCCAGAUUAUAUGCAAUGUACGGUUCAAUAUAUGGUUCAAUGUCCAGAUUAUAUUCAAUGUACGGUUCAAUGUACGAAUUAUAUUCAAUAUACGGUUCAAUGUCCAGAUUAUAUGCAAUGUACGGUUCAAUGCACGGCUCAAUGUACGAAUUAUAUUCAAUGUACGGUUCAAUGUACGGGUUAUAUUCAAUGUACGGCUCAAUGUCCAGAUUAUAUGCAAUGUACGGUUCAAUAUAUGGUUCAAUGUCCAGAUUAUAUUCAAUGUACGGUUCAAUGUACGAAUUAUAUUCAAUAUACGGUUCAAUGUCCAGAUUAUAUGCAAUGUACGGUUCAAUGCACGGCUCAAUGUACGAAUUAUAUUCAAUGUACGGUUCAAUGU